AUUUAGUUCUUGUUUAAACUAUUUAAAGUAAUAGAAAAACGGGAAUUAAAUCUCUGUUGUUGUUACUGCGUAUUACCUUUGUUUAUUUAAAAAACAAUAGUAUUACAUUACGCAAUGCACCGUGAAAAAUUUUACUAAAUGCAAUUUGGUUCUUCAAAUACUGGUAGUUCAUAUGCUUCGAACUGUUAGUUCAAUAAACCUACACUACACUACAUGGACUACAAAAUAUAACCUAUACGUAACAAAUACACAAUGAACUGUUUUAAAUUAAGUAAAAUCCAUUUUCGUCUAUAUAUAUCCAAAGAAAUUAUACGAAAAUGCAACACAUUACAAAAUAGUGCUUACAAAGAGCACGAAAAUUCGCAUGAAUCGCAAUCACUUGUGAAAGUUGCGGUAAUAGGGAUGCCAAAUGCUGGUAAAAGCACUUUCAUCAACUAUUUAAUGGACCGUAAAGUUUGCCCCACGUCUUCCAAGGUGCACACAACUCGUACCAAGGCAUCUGCAAUAUUUACACAUGGAAACACUCAAAUUGUCUUCCUCGAUACUCCGGGCCUGGUAAAUAACAAUGUGCGUAGAAGGCACAAUUUGGAAAAUUCCUUCAUUAAGGACAGCAACAUAUCUCUUCAGCAGUGUGAUUUGAUCAGUGUCAUCCACGACGUCAGUAAUUCUUGGACACGCAAUACACUCGAUAUUAAAAUUCUGCGGCUACUUGAACAGCACCAAAACAAGGAAAGCUUUCUAGUACUUAACAAGGUCGACGUUUUAAAAUCAAAACGUAAACUCCUCGACAUUGUUCGUCUAUUAACACACAACUCGCUUGCUGGAAAACCGAUCGGCAAAAAUGAAGAACCUCUGGAUAUAGAAAAAAAGGGAUGGCCCAACUUUAAAGACAUUUUCAUGGUGUCUGCAUUAACAGGUACCGGUUUGAAUGAACUCAAGCAGUAUCUCAUAAGAGCGGCAAAACCUGGUAAAUGGCUAUAUCCGGAGGAAAUGUUUACUGAUCAGUCACCUGAGAAAAUCAUAGAAAAUACAGUCAAGGCGACCUUGCUCGAUUUUCUACCUCAGGAAAUUCCCUACCAAAUGAAACCACAAAUAGAAUUGUACGAAGUCAAUGAUGGUAUAAUUAACACCGUGGUUAUUAUUAAAUGUGUAUCUGACCGUGUUGCCAAGUUAGUGGCGGGGCUAGGUGAUGGGAGGCUGAGGCAAAUUACGGAGAGUACACAAAGGAAUUUGCAAAGUGUAUUUCAACAUUUUGUUAGAAUACGUAUUGUGUUAGAGUCAAAAGAAAAGAAAAUAAAUUAGUACUUAUACUAAA